AUGUGGACAGAGGUGCUGCAUGUGGCCUCCCUGCAGACAGGGGGCACUCUCUCUCGGCUGAAGUGUCGUCUGUUUGAAUCUGGAGUUUUGUCUGGGUGCGUUUCUCUCCUGGAGCAACGACACGUGAGAGGAGAGUGGAGCGGAGCGACAGCACUGGCCCAGACCAUCAGCUCAUGCUGUGUAGGGGCAGACCCUGGGGACAGAUCGGAGGCCUUUGAUAGGCUGUUCCUACCGUCAGUCAUCAGCACUCUGCUCUCAUUGGCAGCCCGCAUCAUGAAACUCAAACUGGGGGCUACAACAAAAAAGCUGGGGUCUUGCGUGGAUCUGCUGCAGAAGAUUCUGGACUCUGUGAGCUGGAUACUACAGACACACACGCACCUCAGCGCACAAGUGCUGAGUUCACGUCAUUAUGAGAUGCUGCAGAUCUGUGAAGAGGCGUCAGUGAGUCUGUUGUGUGUGCAGCUUUGGACACACACCUGCUCACACAGGGAGUUCUUGAGCCGUUUGACAAAUGACUGUCUCUCUCUGCUGCUCAAUGACGUCAUCAGCCAAUUAGCUGUGAGCACCGAUGCAGAGGUGGGCGGGGCUUGUGUCAGAUUGAUGCUGGUAUUGGCCCAUCAGCUGAAAGCCCGCCUCCCUCCUCUGCUCCAAGACUUCAGAGGUCUGGACCGCCUCCUGGACAACGACUGGAGGGGGCAGGGCUUCGAUCAGGAAGUGGACCAGCUGAUCAACAUCGUCCAAUCCAGUGAAAGCAUGGAGCAGACUGAGCGCGUGCGGGCAGCUUGUGUGAUCCAAGCAUUCUGGAGAUCCCACCGAACAAGAAGAAGAGUGAAGAGUCUGAGGAAAUCUGUGAAAACUCUACAGACAAAAUACAGGUCUCAUCGUCAGCAGCAGCAGAAGCAGCAGGAGGCAAAGCUCUGGGAGGAGACUCUUCGGUACCAGGUGGAUUUAAGGCGGCAGCAGGCCAGGAGAAACUUCCACCUUAAACAGAGACAGCUGCUGCAACUUCUGCCUCCAGAACAAGUUGGCUGUUACCUGCAGCAGUGUGAGCUCCAGGCUGCAGAGCUGAUCCAGAGUCAGUGGAGAGGAUUCACUCAGAGGAGGAGGUUCAAAAGGAUGAGAGAAGAGAGGGAUGCACAGAGGAGAGAGGAGAGAGCUGCUGCUGUGAUACAGAGAGCUGUGCGUCAUUUCCUUAGUCGCCGCCGCUCUGCCAAAAUCCCGCCCUCCUUGUUCUGGAUUGGUCAGAGGGGUUUGACAGACAGGCGCAGGGCGGAGCUUAAAAAGCAAGUGCACGAUUAUAUCACUCUGCAUACGUCGUCCCGGGUCUCUGUGGAGGAGUGUCUCCGUCUCCAUGGAGAUGUGCAGCAGCUGUUGGCGUCUCAAUCUGUGGUUCAGCAACGCAUACAAGAGCAGAGGAUCGAAGCUCUGAAGGCCCAGAGUAACACCCUGCUUAGGGCCAUGAGAGAUGCCCCAGCCCUCUCUGCUGUUACUCACACCCAAAUGACCUCAUUCCUCAGUGGCUCCACCCACAUCGCUGCUCGGGCUCGAGACUCCCAUAAUGCACUGCUGCAGGCUCAGCGUUUCCCCUGGUGGCGGAGGUCUGUGAUUGGUCCAGACGCUGAGGAGAACCAAUCGCAGGGAUUGUCCAAACUAGUUUCCAUGAUGUGCUCUCUGCCUCGUUGUCUCAGCAUGCCGAGGGGCAUGUCUCUGGCCCCGCCCCCGGGCAUUCGCCGCUCUGUAGCAAUCACCCUGACAACUGCAUGCCGUGCUCCAGUGCGCCUCCUCCAGGACGUCCUGUCCGUAUGUGACCACCAGACCUCCCACAGCGGUCUGUGCUGCUGCUGGGCUCUGAGGCCCCGAUACAAACGCCUCGUCGACAACAUCUUCCCUGAAAACCCUGAGGAUGGACUGGUGAAAGCCAACAUGGAGAAGCUGACCUUCUUUGCUCUUUCGGCUCCAGAGAAACUGGACAGAAUCGCAGCUUAUCUGUCAGAGCGACUGACGAGGGACCUGCACCGGCACCGCUACGGGUAUGUGCAGAUUGCAGUAGAAGCCCUGGAGCAGCUCCUGUCGGCCUGUCACUCUCAGAGUAUUAACCUCCUGGUGGAGAGCUUCCUCCGGACGCUACGGCUGCUGCUGGAGUCUGAGAGAGCACAGCUGCACGAGCUGGCUACAGGCGCGUUUGUGGCUUUCGCUAACAUCCAGGAAGACUCUCCCUCGUAUCACCGCAGCUACGAUUUCUUUGUGUCGAGGUUCAGUCAGAUGUGUCUCUGUGAGAACGAGGACCAGGAGACCCAGGACCGGAUCCGGGUCUCCGGGAUCAGGGGACUUCAGGGAGUUGUGAGGAAAACAGUCGACAACGAGUUUCACAUCAACAUCUGGGAACCGCAGCACAUGGAGCAAAUCCUGCCAGCGCUGAUGGUGAACCUGCAGACAGAGAACAUACAUAGUGGAUCUCCUGCUGAACAGACUGAGUUGUGCUUCAGAGACCUUCUGAGCAGAGCGGCUUACGGACACAUCACCAACGCCAUCAAACCAGUGCUGAUGCAUUUGGACAGUCAUCAUCUGUGGGAGGAAGACUUUGCAGUCCACGUGUUCCAGAUCGUCAUGUGCUCCAUCCAGCACUCCCACCUAGUGGUGCAGUUGAUCCUCGGUCACCUCGAUGCAAACAGUCGAUCUGCAGCUUCAGUCAGAACCGGGAUUGUCCAAGUCCUGAGGGCAGCUGUGACCAAAGCCACUGGAUCUAUAGGUCCCACGGUCCUCGAGGUCUUCAACACACUUCUUCGUCAGUUGAGGCAGAGUGUCGAUUAUGAGCUCACGGGUUACUACGACAACGUGGGCAAACGCCAGACCAGCUCUGCGGAGGAGCGGGAGCUGCAGGACGCCGUGGUGCACACCAUCGGUUCGUUCGCCCACACGCUGCCCGUCUACCAGAGGUCAGAGGUUAUGCUCUUCAUCAUGGGGAAGAUCCCAGUGCCAGGAAUGUACCCCGAUCUGGGCUCACCCACCAAGGGCCUUGAGGAUCUUCCUUAUCUCUCCGUAUUCCUUUUGUUUCGCCAGCACAUCUGGCGCAUAAUCAUGAUCCAGGUUGAUUUUGAUGCCCUCAACACUUCGUCUUUGACCCUGUAA